CAAAUAACCUCCUAAUUUGCAGCAGAACAGAGAGUUCCUCUUUAACACGACAAAAACCUGACCAUUUCUUCCUGAAGUUUCCAGGUGCCCACCUCUCCUUUCAAAGCCGACUGCUUUAAUUUCUUCAAAGACCAAACCAGAUCAAACUGCCCUCCUUAUAUAUCUUUGAACUUCCCCCUCCCUCCUCCAACAUAAAAUCUACGUGAAUUCUUCUUCUACCUAAGGAAAUCUUUUAUGGAAUUGAACCAUCUUACUACUUACUAAUGGAGAAAUCAAAUUCAUCAGCUAACAAAAACAACCAGAAUUCUUUUAUCUUCUUUGCCUUUUUUCCCUUUAUUGUUUCAUUUUUUGAAAGAUUUUUGGUUUUGGUCCAACGGGUCCAUAAUUCUUUCUCAGGAUUCUGGUCUUUCUUCUUUUUGUUCCAGCUUCAAUAUUCUUCCGAUACUGAAACUUGCAGUGAUCUCAAGAACCCAGAUCUUGCUGAUUCCCCCGUGUCUUGCUUCCAGGAGAAGCAAAAUCAUGAUGAUGGAAGCCUUUCGAGAGAAGAAGUCGAGACGGUGAUGAAAAAUCUGACACUUUUUUGCGGCCCUGGAGGCCCGGAGCUCCCCGGAAAAAUUGGUUCCAGGGAGAUUUCGGAGCUGUUUGAGGAGAAGGAGCCGAGCCUGGAGGAAGUGAAGGAGGCUUUUGAUGUUUAUGAUCAAAACAAAGAUGGGUUCAUUGAUGCCAGGGACUUGCAGAGAGUUCUUCAAGUGUUGGGAAUUGAAGAAGGAUUUGAGCUGGAAAAUUGCCGGAAAAUGAUCGGAAAAUUUGAUGAUAACGGAGAUGGAUUGAUUGAUUUUACAGAAUUUGUAAAGUUUAUGGAGAAUAGCUUCGUUGAAUUGUAAAUUAUUUUUAUUUCAGAAAAUAAUAAUAAUCAAAACUUAUCAUUCGAA